AUGGCUCCUGAAAAUUCCACUUGGGUCACUGAGUUUAUUCUCACUGGUGUCUCAGACAAACCAGAGCUGCAGGUCCCCCUGUUCCUGGUCUUCCUGGUGAUCUAUGGACUGACUGUUGCAGGGAACGUGGGCAUCAUCACCCUCACCAGCAUUGACUCUCGACUUCAAACCCCCAUGUACUUUUUCCUCCGGCAUUUGGCUAUCAUCAAUCUUGGAGACUCUACAGUCAUUGCUCCUAAAAUGCUGGUCAAUUUUUUAGUAAAGAAAAAAACCACCUCAUACUAUGAAUGUGCCACCCAACUGGGAGGAUUCUUGGUUUUCAUUGUAGCUGAGAUUUUCAUGCUAGCUGUGAUGGCCUACGAUCGCUAUGUGGCUAUUUGUAACCCCCUGAUGUACAUGGUGGUGGUUUCGCAGCGAAUCUGCUUUCUGCUUGUAGCCCUCACUUACCUCUAUAGCUUCUCUACAGCACUUGUGGUUUCAUCUUGUGUAUUUUCCAUGUCUUACUGCUCUUCCAAUGUAAUCAAUCAUUUUUACUGUGAUAAUGUGCCUCUGUUAGCAUUAUCUUGUUCUAAUACUUACUUUCCAGAAACAGUAGUCUUCAUAUCUGCAGCUAUGAAUUUAUUUUUUUCCAUGACUAUAGUUCUAAUAUCUUAUUUUAAUAUUGUUUUAUCCAUUCUAAGGAUUCGUUCAUCUGAAGGAAGGAAAAAAGCCUUUUCCACCUGUGCUUCUCAUAUGACGGCUGUCACAGUAUUCUAUGGAACACUACUAUUCAUGUAUUUACAGCCUCAAACUAACCAUUCAUUAGAUACUGAUAAAAUGGCUUCUGUGUUUUAUACACUAGUGAUCCCCAUGCUGAACCCCAUGAUCUACAGCCUGCGGAAUAAGGACGUGAAGGCUGCCUUAAAGAGAUGCAUGACAAACUCAUGUUAUUCAUUUAAACCAAUGAAAUUUUAG